CCACACCUGCUGCUGGAAAAAAUGCUGUUUAUAAAUCUGCAACUGAACUUCCUCAUUUGUCGAGAUCAUAAUCAGCUUUACCAUUUUCUCCCUUCAACAUUUUGUUCUUUUGAUCUCUCGCAUAGAAGUGACAACAUGUCUCCCGUUCUCAGCUUCUUUAUUCUCCUGUUGGCAUUUUCAAAAGCAGAUGCUCUCUAUGGUCACUAUUUGGCCCGUUGCCAGUUUAGUUCCUUUGAUGGUCAUGAUGCUGUGUACCUGGAGCAGGUAUACUUUAGCAAGGUACUGGUGCUCCAAUACAACAGCACUCUGGGGAAAGUGAUUGGGUAUACAAUGGAAGGAGAAAAAUAUGCGGAUAUCCUCAACAAGAAUGCCAGGUUUAUCCAACUUGAGCAAUGGAAAACGCAAUUUUGCAGAAAAGCUGUCCCGCGGGUCCAUUCUGGCCUUCUUACCCCAGUUGAACCCUCUGUUUGGGUGAGGUCAGUUGAGGAAGCGGGGAGCAAGCAUCCAGGCAUGCUUGUCUGCAGCGUGUACAACUUUUAUCCUAAACAAAUCCGAGUGGCUUGGCUGAGAGAUGGAAAGGAGAUGACAUCUGAGGUGAUGUCCACUGACGAAAUGCCCAAUGGGAACUGGCUCUACCAGGUCCACUCUUUCCUGGAAUACACACCCAGACCAGGAGAGAAAAUCAGCUGUAAGGUCGAGCAUGCCAGCCUCGUGGAGCCCCAGCUUUACGAGUGGGAGCCUACGUCUGACUCAGGGAUGAAUAAGAUCAUUGUUGGGAUAGCAGGGCUGCUGUUGGGUCUGGUCUUCUCAGUUGGUGGGCUGAUGUACUACAAGAAGAAAACUCAUGAGCGGGUUUUGGUGCCAACAACUGAGGUGUUUUAUCCAGAGAACACACUUUAAGUUGGAGAAACUGAGGGGAUUCACUGAGAAUACCGUCCUGAUCAAAUCCAAGCGCUGAGUCUACGUGCAUAAGUCUUUUGUCUGCGACAGUCAAAAAUGUGUUAUCCUGCUUGUUCCUACAGUUGAAUGUUUGACCACUGUGUAGAAUCAUGUAUUUGCAGAGUUUGACACUAGAUGGCUGUUUUCUCAUCCAUCUGCUUAAAGGUUACAUUUUCUGCUCCAAUGAAAAUCUGGACUUUACGUGAACUUCAUAUGGAAUUUACAGGGAAGUAGGAGGUAUCAACAGUUAAAGCUGCAUAUUCAUAUUUUAUGAUAUCUUUACACAGAGAGAAGUAGAUGCCAUUUUAAGGAUUUAAUUUGUAAUCAUUACACUUUUUUCCUACAAAAACCCUGUCAGACACAUAUUACAGUGGUUUCAAAAUUAGACUUAUCUUCACUCCUGUUAAUCAUCCUUGACUGCUACAGUGAUCCGCAGAGGUGACCUGCAGUCUGGCAUUUCUGUACUGUUAUGAUGACUACUGACUGGAGCUGGAGGGGAAAUGUACUCUACUUUGCGGAUACGACAUUACAGAAAGGAGAGAGAGAAAAGAAUAGAGAGAAUUUAAGUCUCUGAGAGGUGAGUUGAGUGAGACGCUCAACUGAAUUCCAACAAAUGUACGCGCAGCUUCAAAGUGUGCUGAUGCCACACCAUAAGAUUUUUUUUCUGUAUGUAGGCCCCUAAUGUGUGGAGCCGAUUUUUAAACGUACUUUUCAUUUUCUUGCCAACAUUAAUAAGGCAACAAUUUGUCUUUUUAUCAUGUAUGACUACAAUUAAUCCUGAAAGUUCAGAGCAGUGUUGAAGAACAAAGAUCCAGAUCUCAGUAACACCUGUAGUUUCAUUCUGUACAUCUCUACAGUGUUGUGGCAUACGAAAAUACGAAAAUUAUUGAAAGCCUACGUUGAGCAGCAGAAAGUUGCUGUUUGCUGUUGCCACAUCAAGAUCAUCAACAGGAGUCUGAAGCCCAGCCUGCAGCUCCCUGAGCCAGCAGCUUUGAGCUAAAUGCUAACAACAGCAUGCUAACAUGCUAACAAUGACAGUACCAACAGGCUAUGGUCUAGCUGCUAGACAUGUUAGCAUGUUACCACUGUCGUUGUUAGACUCUAGCUGGUAAUAUUCAUCAUGUUUACCAUUUAAAUUUAGCGUAUUAGCAUGCUCACAUUGACUAAUUAGUCAACUCCUCAAAAACAGACACUUUCCAAAGGAGUUAGACUCCAAAACUUUUUUUAAAAAUUUUUUUUAAUUAAGUAGCAACCUUAAGAACUCACCAGUCAUUAGGAUUCAUCCUAUGGGCUACCAUAGAUAUCUUUACAAAAGUUGAUGGCAGUCUACAUAUGUAUAAAGCUGUGUUCCCUGCCCUAAAAUCCUCUGUUGUGUCAAGUAUUUGGUCUAUUUCCUCGCAGGCUACUCGAUAUAUUAGAAGAUUUAUGGGUGUAUGAAAUUGAGUGUAUGUAAACCUUCAUUAUGGUGAGCAUUGUUUCAUUGUUAUCAAAGACAACAAACAUAACUUCAUGUAACAUGUCUCUAUAUAUAUCCUUCACAAACUACAGGGAAUUAAAAAUGUUUGCUGAGUAAUAAGCAAUCUAUGAGUAUUAAAGGUGUAACUAAUAACAGGUGCAACAAGACUAACAGGAGCUUGAAGGAGAUGUCAGAGAAGAACUGAGGUCAGUGGGUAACCUAUAGUGCUCUUAUGAGUAAAAUGAGACUUGAAUCAUAUCUCACAGAAAACUUCAUGUUUAAAAGUUCUUAAAUGUGUUUGAAAGUGACAACUACAAAGUCAUUAGUGUCAAUAAUUUAAUAAAAGAUCAGUUGAUUCCACUGAAUUCCUGUAAUACAAUACAAACAUUUGCAAGAACAUUGACCCCUAUAACUUCAGACUAGCUGGAGUAUGACAUGUCAUAAGAUAAGAUACGGUAAGAUAUUCCUUUAUUGAUUUAUAUUCACAGGUAACAGCAGUAGAGAGGGAAAUAACCCUAAGCAACAGGAGUACACAGUACAAGAGUAAGUCUCUAAAAAUAUAGACAAUAACAACUCCUGAGCGGAGCUGGACCGGACACGUAUCUGGUGGAAUUACUCUCCGGCAGAACAGGUUGGACUGCUGGAUUCCUGUCAACAUUUACAUAACAGAAGCUGUGGUUACACGGGCUCUCCAGACAUGAUGGCUAACUUCCCACAGCAGCUUUGAUUUGCACAUGAUGUGGUCAUGUGACCUGUGAUUUUUCAAGUGUGAAGUUCAGACUGACGAAAGAGGAAGUCAUAUGUGCAGAUGGUCGCCAACAACGAUGAUUCGCAGAGACAUGAAGUCCUCUCUUCUCGUAAUCCUGAUUCUCAACGCCUGCUGUGUGUUUUCACAAAGAAAGACUGCCCAUGACGGUUUCUAUUUUGUUGGAUGCUUUGAGAAUGCGACAACUGAAGUACAGUUUGAAUUAGAUACUGAGGAGGUUUUCUAUGUUGAUUUCAAGAGAGAAGAGGUUGUGUACACUAUGCCCAAAUUUGUUGU